UCAAAAUCAAUCUUCUAACAUGUUCUUCGUUUUUCUUUUAUCUAUUUAUUUUUGAAGUUUGCAGAUCUUUGACUUCCAUAUUGUCCCUUCUUCAAUCCACCGUCUCUCUCUCUCUCUCUCUCUCUCCGCCAUGUUCUGUUCCAAUAUUUACUGCAUUUGAUUCAGUUCCACGCCAAUCUUGCAUCUCCGAGCCAGGUCCAUGGGAACUCAGCCUCUGUCUCAGAUAAAAAACCAGCCGCCGCCGCCGCCGCCGGCGGACAAUGGCUUCCCGAUUCUAGCCAUUGCAGUUCUCUGCAUCAUGGCCACGGCCUUUUUGCUAGUCAGCUACUACAUCUUCCUCACCAAAUGCUGCUUGAACUGGCAACAACUGGACCCGCUUCGCCGCUUCUCCAUCUCCAGGGCGCGAAGAAAUGAAGACCCAUUGACGGCCUAUUCUCCCUCGUUGCAGAGCCACGGCCUGGACGAGAUGCUGAUCCGGGAGAUCCCCACUUUCCAGUUCGGCAAAGCGGAAGAGACGAGCUUGAACAAGUGCGUGGUUUGCUUGAACGAGUUUCAGGAGCUGGAUAUGCUGAGAGUGCUUCCGAGUUGCGGCCACGCGUUCCACCUGGAUUGCAUUGACAUAUGGCUCCAGACCAACGCCAACUGCCCGCUUUGCAGAACCAGCAUUUCGGGGAAAACCAGGAACCCCAUCGACCGGAUUGUGGCGCCGACCUCUUCGCCGCAGGAUCCGCAGCCGUUCACGGAUUCCCAGAUGGGCGGUGAUGAAGAUUUCGUGGUUAUUGAACUGGGCGGCACUGCUAGACAACCGGAGAGAAGAAGCGAGUCGCCGAGAAAGUUCGAGCGGAAGCCGAGAAAGUUUCACCGUGUUUCGAUCACGGGCGACGAGUGGAUUGACGUGAGGGAGAAAGACGAGCAGUUCACUGUUCAACCCAUCAGGAGAUCUUUCUCCAUGGAUUCUGCUUCCGAUAGGCUCGUUUACAUGGCGGUUCAGGAGGCCAUACGGCAGAACGGUGGCGUUAGCAACGGAGAAGAGUCGAGUAGUAGCAGAGGCCGGAGAUCCUUCUUUCCGUUCGGCCAUGGCCGGGGAUCGAGAAAUGCCGUUCUUCCGAUCGAGUUCUAGCCUUAAUUACUUCAGGAUUUUGAUUUUCUGUGUUUUGUUUUUGGUGAUUGAGAUAGUGAAAUUAACUCUUUACAGUUGAAAUUCCUUACUUUUGUAACGCAAAAGAUCAUUGAUGAGUGUUCAUAGAUUCAAGCACGAUACUUGAAAAAUCUGUUUGUGGGCAUGGGUGACAGAAUCAUUGCCCAAACCACCAACGGAUAGAAAAUUAGAAAUCCCUUUGGUUUGUUCUUUCUCUUUCUCUUCAGAAUGAAAAUGACUGUCUUCUCUGCCA